UGACCCUUAACCCCAAACCCUAUGUCGUCAUUUCCCCAAGACUCAGCAGCUAAUGCCCAGUGCUGCUGAGAGGGAAAGAAAGAGUGAAGAGAGGGAGGGAGGAAAGGAGAAGGAGAUAAAGAAAGGGAGAGUAGAGCGCGGAAAUUUCGUCCCCGCUUCUUGGCGCGAAUCUGGCAGGAAAAAAUAAAAGCGAACAGCCGUCGCUAGUUGCUUUGUAGAGUGUUUUCAGGCUGCCAACCCUGCGAGCUCUUGUAUUAUAUCAGACUAGCUCGCUCGUUAGCAUUUUUAACAUUCUUUACCACAGACCAUAUCUCAUCUUCAGAUCUCUAACUUCUUUAAAGCAUUUUAGAGUGCAGUAGUCGCGUCAAGGUGGUCGUAUAAAAUCUGCACAAUGGGGAGAAAAUCAAACAGAGCAAAGGAGAAAAAGCAGAGAAGACUUGAAGAAAGGGCAGCUAUGGAUGCAGUGUGUGCUAAGGUGGAUGCAGCCAAUAAGCUUGAAGAUCCUCUGUCUGCCAUGCCAGUGUUCAAAAAGUAUGACAGAAAUGGGCUAAACCUGGUGAUUGAGUGUAAACGGGUAACUGCAUUGAGUCCAGAUACAGUGGAGUGGGCCUAUGAGUUGACUAGAGCCAACAUGCAGACGCUAUAUGAACAGAGUGAGUGGGGAUGGAAGGAGAGAGAGAAAAGGGAGGAGAUGAAGGACGAGAGAGCGUGGUAUCUUCUGGCCCGUGACGCUGACUCCACGCCUUUAGCAUUUUCCCACUUUCGAUUUGAUGUGGAGUGUGGAGAUGAGGUUUUAUAUUGUUAUGAAGUUCAAUUGGAGAGUAAAGUCAGACGGAAAGGCCUAGGGAAAUUUCUCAUCCAAAUCCUUCAGCUUAUCGCCAACAGCACGCAAAUGAAAAAGGUCAUGCUGACUGUAUUUAAACACAAUCAUGGGGCUUACCAGUUCUUCAGGGAGGCUUUACAGUUUGAGAUUGACGAAACGUCACCCAGUAUGUCCGGUUGCUGUGGAGAAGACUGCUCCUAUGAGAUUCUGAGCCGGAGAACAAAAUAUGGCGAGGCAUCGGGGCAUGCGCAUGGGGGCGGCCACUGUGGAGGCUGCUGCCAUUAAGAGCAAGCCUUCCUGUGUUCUUUCAGAGCUUCCUCAUCCUCACUCCAUCACCCACAAUCCCCUCUUAGAAAGCCCUUAAAACAGACUUUCCUGCCCAUAAUCAUCAAUGAAACCCCCUCUAUGCUUGCUCUUGGUUUUUAACUUAAAAAGCUCAUCCAGCAUUUCACAUAAUAAGCGAUAGUAUGCUGUUCUCAGUUUCAUAAAGGUUUGAAUGACAAAAAAUGGCAGUAAAACCACUGUGAGCCGAAUGUAACUUCUCUCACCUCAGGUAUCAGCAUGGUGAGACUCAAAUGUGUCAUAUCCAAAAAAAAAAAAAAAAAAAAAAAAGCCUGCAUUCCCCCCCCCCAAAAAAAGUUUCCCUCAUUUCCCCCCCUUUUUUUUUUUUUUAUACCAUAGUGAGUGAAUGCAGGUGUUGGUCACAGUGGUUAUUUCAGCCAUUUUACUCUAUACCACUUUUCAGGGUAAAUGUAUUUUAACUACGAGCGGAAGUUUGUUUCUCACUUCAAGAAUAUGAAAACAACAAUCUGUACUGUUUAUAAUUCGUAAUCACUUAGACUGUCUCAGGUCAUUCAACAAAAUGUUUUAUAACAGCUAUAUUAGGGAACUGAUGGAUGAGGAUUAUAUUGAUGUUUGAUUUGAUAAAGGGGUUGGCAUGUUAGCUAUGGUAGAAAUAUACUUUCAUUUUACUUUUUAUCAUAACAUUUUUAUCAUGUCAUUACUGUAUAUUUCCAUUUUUCUUCACUGUAUAUAAUCUGUUUGCCAUGUACAUUUUAUUUGCCUUCAAAGACAUUGGAAUAAUGAUAUACAAAACUUAAAAACAGUUUGAGAGAUGAGUGUUCCUGUCUUGUGCUCUCCUGUUGAACUGAAACGAAAGGUCAUUCCAGCUUUGUUAUGCGUUUGAUUUGUAUGCAACCAAUAAAGGAAUCUUGUUUGACUUCUUGA